GAAGGAAAUGGACAGUGCGAAUGUGGAGACGUUGCGAAAGACAAUCCGAUAGCUUCGGAUAUUUCAUUGUAUGAGAGCGCAAACACCGUAACCGCAGAAGGCGACGAAGGGGAGGCCAAUGAAAGGAGCACGGAAGAUGGAGCGGAAGGUGUUAUCGCAGAGAGUCAGUGCGAAGAGGUCAAACCGAAUGAUAUAAUCACCUUAUACAACAUCCUCAUUCCAUACCUGGAACGGAUGGAAUUCCUGCUGUCUGACGUGGAACCGAUUGGAUUGAAAACCAAAAAGACAGCGAAGAAGAGGAAGUAUGCGUACGUUGAAUAUGAACAGACGUUCCAAUCGAAAAUCGAAUCAAUUUCUCACGGUGAAUCGCGUUCAAGAUUGGAGUACUUCUCGGCACCAUCAGCGCAAUUGAAGGAAAGUAUAUGCGAAAAAUACAUGUGCAAUGGGGCCGUUCAGCAUUGA